AUUGUGCAUUCAGAAUCGAUAGCUGUGUGUGUCUUGCCAUUUCGUCUACUACAUUGGGCUAGUGGUGCUGCUGCUGCUGUCGCUGCCGCGAGGAACCUCACAUACGUCUUCUUAUUAAAAUUUCGGAACGAGCGACGACGGCCAACGGGUCAUUCUUUCAUUCUUUUAUUUUGUUGUCAACUCUACCUUGGUUUUAAAUGGAGAAUGUCUGUUUUCAGCAAAGAUUACGAGAUCUGGAGACGAGGGUGAGAAAAUGGAAAUUCUUGAAGUUGGGAUUGACUGAGGUUCGGCUACGGCCGAGAGAUCGCCGAUCAACUUCGGUAGAUCAAAAACAUAAAGAAUGCUCUUCCACAUCUUCAAGUCCUCAACACCAACGGCCGAAUAACAUUGGGUAUUUAACAAGCCCCAUGGAAAGAAAAUUUACUCCGCUUUCCAUGAAACCAUCGCCAUCCAGAAGAGAUACUGAGAAAGAUGCGUUGGAAUACGAGUUUCUAGAAGGGUACAAGAAAUCGGGAACAUUAGAAAUUGAUGGAGAAAAGCAAGUUGUCGACCCAAACGAGAUUCACAUCAUCAGCCUGCUCGGAAGCGGCUCUUGUGGUGUAGUCGAAUCUGCGACGGUUCGCUCAAAAUUGAUGGCUGUGAAGACUAUGUACAAAAAUGACAAUAAGGAAAAUUUGAAACGAAUUCUUCGUGACGUCCGAAUUAUGUCAAUGUGCAAUUCUCCGUUCAUUGUCACCAGUUACGGAUAUUUCAUGUUUGAUUCGUCUGUAAAAAUUUGUAUGCAAAUCAUGUCAGCGUGUUGUGAGAAGCUGCUGCGUCGCAUUUAUCAUUCAAAAUUGGAUUUUUUCCCCGAGUUUGUGGCCGGUCACAUCGUCUACUCGGCGAUUAGUGCACUGGAUUAUCUCAAGGAAAAACAUUCGAUUAUACAUCGCGAUAUAAAACCCUCGAAUAUCCUUUUUGAUGACAGCGGCAAUGUAAAGCUGUGUGAUUUUGGGAUAAGUGGAUUUAUGACUGAUUCGAUGGCUCAUUCCAAAAGUGCAGGAUGUCCGCCAUAUAUGGCUCCUGAAAGAUUAACUAUCGAGACGAAUUCCAAAUACGACGUUCGAAGCGAUGUCUGGUCAUUGGGAAUCACUGUUUACCAACUUGUCACUGGACUCUACCCAUUUCCACUAAAUGACAUGGAAUUCACAACUCUCACCAUUAUUGCAAACCUGAAUUUGCCAUCACCAAGUCUGAGAGAAGAGACAAAGCGAAGUUUUUCACCUCUAUUCAUUGAAUUCUUGGACCUAUGCUUGCGAAAGGAUGUUCGAGAAAGACCUGAAUAUAGGCAAUUAAUGAAGCAUGAUUUCUACCUUGAUUACGACCCUGCCAGUGGAAGUGCUUACAAGUUCAAAGCUAUCAAUGGAAAAUGCAAUCAAGUUGCGGAUUGGUUCGUCGACGUGAUUCGACUUUCAAAAACCGAAGAUGAAUUGAAGUCGAUCCCAAACACGCCUUGUGUCAACUAAUUAUUGAAGACUUUUAAGCAAAUUAUCACUUUCGUGUUCUCUCAGAAAUUCUCAUUCUUUUAAAAUUGAAACGAGUCUGAUAUCAUCACUGGUGCUCUUCUCUGCAUAAUAUUUGUUUCUCGGUUGCUUCCAGUUCACUUUUUGAAGAAAUUCUAGGUAUGAUUUAAAAAGAAAUACUGGGUUUUUUAAACGAACAAACUAAAAAUCUGUCCAAAUGGACGAAUAUCGUAAUAAAAGUUCUCAAAAAAAUGUAAAUUGUUUUAAUGGCUGUUCUAUUUUGCGAAGCAUUGGUAGUUUAACGCAUAUCAUUUUGCAAAAUAAGGACCAUUUAAAGUUUUCUAAGAAAGCAAUAACCUACCGAUUCUUGUCCACAAAAUCCUUCGAUCAUCGGGGAAGCUCCUAGAAUCUGGUUCAAUUUUUGAGGAGGCUGCAAGCUUGUCAACUGGGCUUGCAACUGGGCUCCGGGAUAUUUCUGAAAUUUGAAGUUUAAAUUAAAAUUUCAUUUAGGACAACUUACUGAUAAUCCGUUUUUUUUUUAAUUUUCUGUUCUUGUUUCUGUUCUGUUUCUGCUGCUCCUCACUUUCCGCUUUCCGACGACGUUCGUGGUGCAAUUUCUCUAAAAUUUUGAUAUAUUUUUGCUUAAAUUUUAUCGAUUUGUAAGUGACUUUCGAGUGUGGUACACUUUUUGCAUCGCUAAUCUGCCUUCGAUACUUUGCUCACCUAAUCUGAAAAUUGGAAAUUUAGAGCUUUUCAAAAUAAUUGUUAUGAGAUAACUUACGGAGUUGGCUGGAGGAAGAACUUGGUGAUGAAGCCAUACUGUGCGAAGUUUCUGAAAAUCGAGAGUACGGUAAACUACGGUAUAAUUGGAUUUUAAAAGAAAAAAAAAAUCAAAAGUAAGUUUGCCACAAGAGCCGGAUAUGAUAAAGUGGCACCAAGAGAAAGAGAGUGAGAGAGUGUGUAAAAGUAAGAGGGUGCUAGACGAGAAAUACAUAAACACAAUAACACCUUCUAUUUUGCCGCCACCGCCAAAAAAAGACGCUAACUGUACGCCUUCCGGUUGUCCGUGGGGCGGAUUUGCAACAACAUUUCUGAAUAGUUUUUCUUGCUAGUUUUUUAAAUUUUUUCUUACUUCUAUUUUGAUCAAAUCUUGAAAAUUUUCAAUCUAGAAAGUUUUCUCACUUAUUUUUCUUACAGUAAUUAUAACUUGCUAUCAAGAGCACAAUGCCUGCUGCUCCAAACUACAGUAUUAUGACAUUUACCCUUUGAAGGAAGCCACUCGAACUUGAAGGAAUCCACUCAAAACUUUGAUAUCACCAUUUUCGACCGCAAAAACUUUUUGCAUUGAAGAUGCAGUCGUAAGAACAACAGAAUCCCAAUUUCUGCUGAAGAAAAAUGGAGAAAGAAACAUCAAUAUAAUGCAAAUUACGAACAACGGAAUCGCGACGAAAAGGCAGCGUUCGAAGGAUUUCUUGUCGAAACAAGUGCGAUCAAGGACAAUUUGGAGCAAUUGGUUCAAGAAGUUAUGCCUGAAAAUGUGGAUCAGUUUGUAAAGAAAUCGGUGACAGUUAUGGAGACAAUCCUGCAAAAAAUCUCCAGACAUAGAGGUGGAUGUGAGAUCUUAAUUUGAGAUCCACGUAAACUUCAUGGACAAGUAUCAAGAAGCCAUGAACUACAUAUCUUGGCAGCACCAGCACGAUUUUGUCAUAGCCCAGGAGAAGCACAAAGACCUUCUACCUACCCAGGAAAGAACCUGGUCAUCGUGGAUUUGCAUAGGGGAGAGAAUUGCAAGGCAACAGCUGAAAAUUGACUGCAUCAAAAACUUGGAGAAAAUUACAACGUUGAUUGGGAAGAGGGACCUGCUUGAAGAUUGCAUGCCAUCGUCAGUGGAAACAUAGUCUUAGUCAAAUUUCUGAUUUUUUAUUUUCAAUCGCCCGAAUCCUCCAAUUUCUUGUUUUUCAGAUCUGGAUCAAAUGCUCGAAAUCUACACCAUUUUCUUCAAGCUGAUGUUGCAAAACUGCGGAGCCCGCCGACGCUGAGCUAGUCAACAAAAUCGUCGAGCAUUUUUCAAACAACUUUCCGCACCCAGAGAAUCCUUCCGAACUUCCAACAUUUGCGUCUACGUCUUGCUCGAGACUUGAAAUCGCUCAACUUGCAGUAAAAGUUGUGAAUAAAACGUGAACUUUUCUGGCUCACCACUCCACUUCCAAAAUCAGCACAUGCCAUAGUUUUAUAAUUUAUAUAUUUCUAGUCAUUGUUU